AUGUCCUGGUUCCAAAAACAAUUCACCCUCCCCCCACGCAGCCGCGGCUCGUACCUGGUCACCGACCAUGUCCUCAGCGAGCUGCCUGAGAUCCGCGACUACAAAGUGGGCAUGCUGAACCUGUUCGUGCAGCACACGAGCUGCGCCAUCUCGCUCAACGAGAACUGGGACGACGAUGUUCGUGCCGACAUGAGCGAUGCCCUGGAUCGUAUUGCGCCCGAAGACCGCAAGGGGACGCUGUAUCGGCAUUCAGCUGAGGGCGAGGAUGACAUGCCGGUAGGUCUUUGGUCUUCUCCUUCUGAGAAAGGUUUCAAUGGCUCAUUUUUUGUCGGUCAGGCUCAUAUCAAAUCCUCUCUCGUCGGCGCCUCGAUCAAUAUCCCCAUCACCAACGGCCGCUUGGCUACCGGCACCUGGCAGGGCGUCUGGCUAUUAGAAUUCAGGAAGAGUCGACACAGUCGCAAGGUGGUAGCCACCAUUCAGGGCCAGAAGGCGUGA